GCUCAGGUUUCGCUUUCUCUUCUCUAUUCUCUGCUGCUACUUUUUUAUUGUACGAUUAUGUGUCCAUUUUUUUUGGAGCAAUGCAACGUAGUUGCUGUUAAUGGCGGCUGAAAUUUCUUUAGCUCCGUGUUGUGAAGUUAUUGCAUAUGUUCCGCCAUUAAUUUAAAUUUAAUUUUUCGAAAUAAAAAAAUUGGGUUUAAGUCGUGAAGAUUUGUUGUUUGUCAGUUUUGAUUUAUGUUUUGCUAUAUAUAACUGUGGUGAAGUGGCUCCGGUGUUUGUGGCGGUAUGAAUUCUUCGAUUGUAUGAAACAUGUAGAGGCAUAAUGAAGAUAUCUACUUGGAGAUUCAAGUGGGUUUUAACGUUCCAAAUUCCCAAUGCUAGCUCUCAGUUCUUGAGACUUUUGAUUCUAAAGUGAAUAUAUUCUAGUGGGCAUGCAUAGAGAAACAAUGGACAGGGAUAAUGGUUCUGGUGGUCCAUCCACACCUAGUGGGCCUACUGCACGGUUACGUCGGCGGAAAGGCUCAAAUGAGGUUCCUCCAGAAGUAGAAACAAACAGUGAUCGUUUACUUUUCAAUGACCGUAACAAGUACAAGUCAAUGUUAAUCCGCACAUAUUCAACUGUUUGGAUGAUUGGAGGAUUUAUCUCGAUAAUAUACUUGGGUCACCUUUAUAUUUGGGCCAUGGUAGUGGUUAUUCAAAUAUUUAUGGCUAAGGAGCUGUUCAAUUUACUUAGGAAGGCACAUGAAGACAAGCAACUCCCUGGUUUUAGGCUCUUAAAUUGGCACUUCUUCUUCACAGUCAUGCUUUUCGUAUACGGUCGAAUUCUCAGUCAAAGGCUUGUGAAUACUGUGACUAUGGACAAAUUUUUAUAUAAGCUGGUGGGCAGACUUAUAAAGUAUCAUAUGGUUACCUGUUAUUUCUUGUAUAUCGCAGGUUUUAUGUGGUUCAUUCUUACAUUAAAGAAGAAGAUGUACAAGUAUCAGUUUAGCCAAUAUGCUUGGACACAUAUGAUUUUGAUUGUGGUCUUUACACAAUCAGCCUUCACAGUGGCUAAUAUUUUUGAAGGAAUAUUCUGGUUCCUUCUUCCAGCAUCACUUAUUGUCAUCAAUGACAUUGCUGCUUACAUUUUUGGGUUCUUCUUUGGGAGAACUCCUUUGAUCAAGCUCUCACCAAAGAAAACAUGGGAAGGCUUUAUUGGAGCGUCUUUUGCUACUAUGAUCUCAGCCUUUGUGCUGGCAAAUAUAUUGGGUCGCUUUCAGUGGUUAACAUGCCCAAGAAAGGAUUUGUCUACUGGGUGGCUUGAAUGUGAUCCUGGUUCAUUGUUUAAGCCUGAAUAUUUUACUGUGCCACAGUGGUUUCCUGGAUGGUUUCCUUGGAGAGAGAUUUCUAUUUUACCUGUGCAGUGGCAUGCAUUAUGUCUUGGUCUUUUCGCAUCAAUUAUAGCACCUUUUGGAGGCUUUUUUGCCAGUGGCUUUAAACGGGCAUUCAACAUCAAGGAUUUCGGAGACAGCAUUCCUGGACACGGUGGUAUCACGGAUAGAAUGGAUUGCCAGAUGGUGAUGGCCGUCUUUGCAUACAUCUAUCACCAAUCGUUCAUUGUACCACAGAGCCUUUCAAUCGAGAUGAUCAUGGACCAGAUACUAAUGAACCUCACGUUCGAGGAGCAGCGAGCCCUGUACACGAAACUUGGGCAGAUAAUCAUGGAGAAGCAGUUCGGAGAAUCCUAAAUCUCAAGUUUGAAGAAGCUGUUGCUUUCACUAGCCAUGUAUUAUUAGUUUAUAUUUUGCUUUUUCGUGAAACUCGCGUGGCCAUGUACAUGUCUUGUUUUCUUUUUCUUUCUUUUUUCCCUUCAUUUCUAUAUGCUUUGUGAUGAUAUUGAUUUUAGCCAUUUAGGUGCCGGCAUCCAAACUUCUUCGUUGCAGUGUAUAGCACUUUGAUAGUUGAUUUAACUACGAUGCAUUCUAAUAGUUAAAAACGUUUCAACGA